AUGUCCGACAACGCCUUUGGGAGCUCCGAGCCCCCCAAGCAAUCACCAGUAGCAAGCGCAUCUGCUCCGACCACACAUUUCUUUCCUUUCGCAACGUCUCCUGAUAUCAUACGCUCUCACGAGAAGGACACUUUCAUCACGGCGAGCCUGACAAACCAGGCACAAUCGAUUGUCAGGGCUCUCAAAGGAGCUCGCUACGUGCAUGGCAAUGCGGACACCAUUAAGAACCUCACAGAACUUCUAUACUUCUCACUCACAACGCUCAUCGGAAAUCGAACCCUGGGAGAAGAAUAUUGCGAUGUUGUGCAGUUAGAAGAUAAUACUCUACAGCUACCAUCAAUUACGCGACGAGGCGGUUACAUUGUUAGCAGUAUCAUACUACCCUGGUUUCUCGGCUAUUCCUUGCCCUCACUGCGGCGGAAGCUUCGCUCUAAAUUAGAGAGAAGUAUUGCUAGACAGAAUGCACAGGAAGCGACCCAGAGCUUUGCGCUUGGAGCGGAAAAUAAAUCCAAAAGCAGACGACCCUUCUGGAAUUCAUUACGGGUGCAACAAUAUAUCCUCGAUAAUCUCGAUUCCUUAACAUCACCAUCACCUAUGUACGCCUUAAGCCUGGCGACAUUUUACUUCACAGGUGCAUAUUACCAUCUGUCAAAACGACUUUGGGGACUGCGGUAUGUCUUCACAAAACGGAUUGACGAAAGUGAACAACGCGUUGGCUAUGAGGUGUUAGGAGUUCUCCUAGUGCUACAGAUGACUAUACAAGGAAUAAUUCAUUUACGCGAGACAAUCAAGUCAUUACAAAAAGGAAGUGAGACUGGAUCAAAGACAACACCAGUCGAGCGCAAGGGAGACAUUCCUCUUUCUUCCGUUCAAAACCCACCGUCAAUUCCAACCUUGAAUGCGACUACAGCACGAUAUGAUCUUUCCGAAGACCCCACUUCAGUUUCAUGGAUUCCGGAGGGACAGAACCGGAAAUGCACAUUGUGUCUUGAACUUUUCAAAGACCCGAGUGUGACGACUUGUGGUCAUGUCUUUUGCUGGACAUGUAUCCGAGACUGGGUUCGAGAAAAGCCUGAAUGUCCCCUAUGUCGACAGGAGGUUCUUGCAUCGAAGAUUCUACCAGUCCGGGGCUAG